CGUUCACACCCGGUUGAGCUGUACGUGCGUUGUCGUGCCGACGCCGCCGCAGUCAUCGUAUUCGUAUUUUCAUCGUCGGUUUCAAUAAUAAUAAAUAUUUUAAAUAUAAUUUUAAUACCGACAAAUGCGCGAAAAUUCCAACCGUUGAGUACGCAGAAUCGUCACCGUGUGCGCAAUACAAUAGAUAUCCCGCGCGAAUUUCGUCCAUCGGGUGUGCGGUAGUUUUUUUCCGAAUUUGAUCAUUUUUUUUUUCACACUUGUUUUUGACUUAAGUUCCGGAGACGGAGUACAGUAUAGUAUUAUAUACAAAUACGGCUACUAUAUAAUAUAGGUUUCACGCAAACUAUACCUGUACGUAUACUUGAUAAUAAUAAUAAUAAUAAUAAUAAAAUAUAUAGCGCCGUGUCGCUGGCGGUCGCGCGAGUGUGCAACAGUUUCCGAUCGCGUUUCCGCGCUCCAUCGUGCAUAAAUACGUAUAGCCGAUAUUAAAUAAACAGGAGGUACACCUUCGAGUUCGACGCAGAGCCGCCCACACCUCCGAGUCCGACAUGCGGAGGUUUUUGUUGGCGGUAAUCGUGUUGUCGGUGCACCGUCGGUGGGACGGAUGCGCCUACCCGACGUCUGCGGAGUCAGCCACAGAUGGAGAAUGUCACGUAGCAGUACAGCGGUUCCGGUCGGUCGGCCUAUACGACACGCCGACGUCGCGGAUCGACCAAGGAGACAAUCUGAAAGUGUGUCAGUCGAAGAAGAGCUGUUGCAACGCCGCCACCGAGGCUCGGUUGAUAGACAUGGUGGACAGCGAAUACAAGAGACACCUGGCCGCGCAGGCGGGCUACGUUUAUGACCUGCUCAAUUCCACCGCCCAUCACUUACAAGAACACAUGACACACAUGAUCCACAAGUCCAAAAGCAAAACAGUCAGGGUACUGGCGGAUGUGUACGCGAGCAUCGAAGGACCGGCCGUUGGUCCGUUGGACACGUUCUAUGGACGGCUAUCGCGGUACGUGCACGAGGACCCGGAAACGACUCCGGCAUCGAGCUUGGAAGACGCGGCAUCUCGGCUGUUCACUGACCUAUUUCCGAUCGUCUAUCGAACAGUGGCCGCGGCAGCCGACAGACCGGAUGGUGGUGCAUCCGAGUUCGACGAGGAUUACGUCCAGUGUCUAGCCGGCAAAGCAUUAGACGUUAAACCGUUCGGCGACGUUCCGUACACACUGGCCAAGGACAUUUCCAGGACGUUUUCCGCUACCAACGUACUCGUACACGCACUCAGAUACGGUGGCCAACUGGUGGACGAAGAGCACUCCCGAUCGUGGCUGGGUUACGGGAACAGGGAACAGUGUACGGCGGCGCUGACAAAGAUGAGACAGUGUUCGUGGUGCGACGGCAAGGACGCGAAACCGUGUCACGGACUGUGCGUGAACGUGAUCCGCGGUUGUCUGGCCAGGGAGACGGCGCACCUGGACGCGCCGUGGACCGGAUACUACGAGGCCGUCGACCGGCUGGUGUCUGCCAUCAACAACGGUCAGUCGUCGGUGUGUCUGGAGGACCUGCUUAGAUCCCUGCACUCGAGGAUAUCCGAGGCCAUCAUGUACGCGAUGAACCACGCUUCCGAUAUACAAAACAACGUGAAAUACUUUUGCGGUCCGGCGAGAUGGAACACUCGUGCCCCGACUACUGUUUUAUCGUCGGGCGCGGCCAAGACGCCGGAGAGCCAGGAAGUGUGGAACGUUGAGGAAGAGGACCUUAGCACAGCGUUACUCACUUCCAAGCUGACCAAGUUUUCCGACCCGGAAACCGCGGUCAGAGUGCGGGGACUGUUCUCCGACAUGGCACGGUCCAUGUGCACAAACUACACAACGACGGAUUGCUGGAAUGGCCGAACGGUGGGAGAAUAUACAGAUAACGUCGUCGGGCCAUUGUUAAGUGCGCAAAUGUACAACCCGGAAUUCGAUUGGACGGCUUCCAUCAACACACAAGACAACAAAGUGGCGGAAGUCAUUGACAAGCUCAGGCACAUCAGACAAACAGUAUUGAACCAAUUGAGUUCCAGUCCGCAAUCGGACUCGUUCAUGGCUGACGAGGCUGAAGGGUCUGGCGAAGGCAGUGGCACUGGCAGGGGUAGUAACUCCGGCUGGGACGACGACGACGACAACGCAGAUUACUCAUCCGGCGAAGGUUCAGGCGAUCACCCGAUCACCACUCAAGUGCCUGGAGCUGACGAUCCACUAUUCAAAUCGACUAAUAAAUCGGUGCCAAAUUCGGGACCGGAUGUAGUGUUGAACUCCAACAAUCCGUCGGGCGCUGCCCCGUCAACACGACUACACGCACCCCUAUUGAUAACGGUGUGCUUGAUGGUCAUUCCUGCGUUGCAGCAGCUGCAGACAAGGAUAUAUUUUUAAACGUACUUUUUAUUUUUAUUUUUUGUUUUUGUCGCGUUAAGUUAUUAUUAUAUUGUUGUUAAGUGAAACUUUGUUCUUGGAUUUACUCGGCUUUUCUUUAGGGUACCUUUUUGAAAAUAUAUAUACAUCUAUAUUCUAUUCAUAUAUAUAUAUAUAUAUAUAUGUACAAUUUAUAACACUUCUGGACACAAAUUGUUUAAUUAUUUUAAACAU